AUGUCUGAUUUUAAAGCAGAACUAGAAGAGGCUGAACCACUAAAUCCUUCUCAUAGAUCAGAACCUAGUCCAGAACAUGUGUCAAAUGAUGUCAAAAGCAACAAUGCUUCCCCAACCUCACCAGUAUCUCCUCCAUCACCACCAGCUACACCAGCUACACCAUCUACACCAUCAUCACCUGCAUCUGAUGGUCCUCCAGAAAUAAUUAUUACAGCAGUCAAUGGUGAUAAUACUGCUGCCUACAAUAAAAGUGGUGAUCCAACCAAGUCUCGAUUUACUGUUACUACUGGAGUUGAUAAACCUGAUUGUUUGUUCCAAGUCACGGUACCUAUAUUUUGUACAAGAGUAAAUCUAUAUGUUCAACUACCCAAAAGAAACAAGGUGUCUAUUUAG